CCACUACUGGUUGCCAGAGUUGCAGUAGUGGUGCAAUACUGAUAGCAUUAUUGGCCCAGCAUUGGCGCAGCGUCGGAUAAGUUCGGGCUAAUACCAGCUAACAACACAGGUUCAACAACGUUAGCAAACAAUAUUGGUGCAGCAUAGGAUUACGGACCUCUGAGGGAGUACAUGGACGAGAAAUGUGGUGCAAUUUUAGCAGCUAUAAAGUCUGCUAAGAGAAGCAUAUUAUACGACAUGGACAAAAAAAUUAAUGAUCUCAAGAACACCAUAAUAUCGAAUCAUAUUACAAAAAUGCCUAAGGAAAAUAUCACCAAUUGCAAGGAAGAUUUGGGAGUAGCGUUGCCUUUGCAAACAAUGGAAGAUUUCAUUACUUUUGAGGAGGCAGUUGCAACUUGUCAAGAGAAGAAAAGAGCUUUGAAAGAGUUCUACCGGAUAUUAGUGUGCGGGGAGACAUUCCUUAAAAGUUGCGUAAAGAAAGUAAUGACGGCUACAAUGUCCAAAGCGGUGGAAAUAAGAUAUUCUGCAUUUGGAAGGCAGAGCAAUCGUUGCGGCAAACUCGACUUUAGUAAAACACAAACUUACGCGUGUUUGAAUGACAUAUUAAUGGAAAAGUUCGGUCACACCGACGAAUAUAAAAAAUUUUCAACUAUUUUAAGCCGGUGGAUGACCGGAGCUGCCGACCGUGAAGGGGGACGUAAGCAACGAAUACGUUCAGCGGAGUAAUGAAGUUACUUUUAUCGAUAAAUGUCCUUGAAAGUUGCGUGGGAACUUGACUGGCUGAAGAGCCACAUUUAAGGCACUUUUAUCGAUAAAAAUGAGCUCAGAAUAUGGACCUAUGACUCUGUGCUAUUAUCGUAUACUAUGUGCUAUAUGUUAUAUAUUGUGUGUUUAUUACAUUAAUAAACUAUCACAUAUGCACGAGCACAUGCCUGUUCAGUUAUUCAUCUAAGGAUGAUUUAUAAUUCAAGUUAAUGUUACCAGUGUCAAGUAUCUUGUGGCGAGUCAAUCACUUGCGCUACACCAGAUUAGUGCGCACUAAAGGCCGUUGCCCACAAUCUAUCCGAAUUGCGUAACAUGAAGCACUUUGAUUAUAAAAUUAUAAAAAACAAUAUUAUUAUUAGAUGUUUAAUCAUUUAAAAUAUUCACAUAUUUUUCUAUUUAAAUAACCGCUUCAUGUGUGUAGCAGUCUUCAGCCUGCAUUAAUCCGGUGUAAUGCGAAUGAUCGAAUUCGCUGUUAGUAAUAGCGUAAUUUCGAUUUGAUUAUCUUAUGACGUUGAUAUUGAUAAUGUAUCAUCGCUGUGCCAUCAUUAUUUGCCAUUUUGAGGCUUGGUUACUCCAUCGUAAUCCUAUGCUGCGCCAGUAUCGGCCGCACGUUAUCAUCUAAUGCUGCGUCAGUGUUGCGCCAAUAGUGUUUCCACUACCACGUCAAUACUUGAACUUUAGCAACCGGUAAUGAGCCGAUAUAGGUCAAAAACCUAUAUAGGCUAAAGCUUCAUUCUCCUCUCUUUUUCUGCAACU